UUUAGAGCUUUUUUCUUAACUUCAAGACUGUAUCUGUAAUUUUUUUCCCCUCAUUCUACAUGGAAAUCACAUUUCGAAUCUCUCUUCUUGACAGUCACGUCGGUCUAAACUGCAAAUAAACUUUUAUCAACCAUGGGUGAUGCUGCGGAAAGCAAAGGUGAUGAAAAUCAUAUUAACUUAAAAGUUGUUGGUGCUGACAACUCUGAAGUUCACUUUAAAAUAAAAAAAACUACUCAACUAAGGAAAUUAAAGCAAGCAUAUGCUGACAGGCAGGGAGUUCCAUUGAAUUCAUUGAGAUUUUUGUUUGAUGGACAACGGAUUUCUGAUGAAAUGUCACCAAAGCAGUUAGAAAUGGAGGAGUCUGAUGUUAUAGAAGUAUACCAAGAGCAAACUGGAGGAAAAAUGAACUCAUUUGUUUAAUUUUCAUG